CUAUGAUGAACGUCUGCAGUCAAUCGUGAUACCUUUACAUGCGUUGAUCAAUUCGUCUUUUUCAGAUAUCCAAAUCGCUGCACUAAAAAUACUGAAGUUAAUAACGAAGGAUAUGUUCAAGAUACAAAAUAAGCGCAACGAAGAAAAUGAUGUGGGAGAUGAGAAACUUCCCUCUAAUCAUCAAAAACACUUGCCCGUGCCUUUUACGCGUAUUUUGGAUGAUACUACAAUAAACAGUUGCACUUUACCACCCAAGUUGCUUAUUUGGGAUGCUUUUAUCAGUUCGUUGAACCAAUUUGAACCACUCGAAAGGGUGGCGUAUUGCAGUGCUAUGAGCCCAUACAUCGAUCAAAUCAUGCCUCAUCUGUUUGGCCUUCUUCCGGAUCCUCAUUUAUUUAAGUUACAAACUUAUUACAAUGGUGGUUUGAAACAGCAAGUAAUGAAUUUUUUUGCAGGUGCGAAUACCUUUGUCGGAGUUAAUGAUAUUAUCAAAGAAGGUUAUUGGAAUGAAGUAAGAUCAUUGCUUCCACGAUAUUCUUUUCGAUUAUUCUAUAACACUUGUGCAAUACUGCCGGCAAUAGUACGUCAAUGGUAUAUAAAGCUACCUCGUGCUGCCGCUACUAUUUGUAGAUCGUUUGUCACCAAAUCAAUUACUCCAGUGAUCUGGAAAACAGAAUGUGAUCAGUUUUCAUCUCGUAAAAUGCCGAAUAAGUUAAAGGUCCGGUUGUUGCGAGGAGCUCGACAAAUUGUGGCAGAAUACGAUUUGGAAGACUCGACUAUGACCCUUACAAUAGAAUAUCCCGUAGAUUACCCACUCAGCGUUCCUUUGAUCGAAGAUGAAAGAACCAUCGUGAGUCGAGAAACAAGAAGGAAAUGGCUUUUGCAGCUUACUAUGUUUCUCACUCAUCAGAAUGGUUCCAUUGUGGAUGCAGUGUUAAUGUGGGCGGGUAACAUCGAGAAACAUAUGGAUGGUGCAGAAGAUUGUACCAUUUGCAUGAUGACUGUUCAUUCAAGAACCUAUCAGUUACCACGGGUACGAUGUAAACAAUGUAGAAAGCGAUUCCAUUCUGAUUGCCUUUACAAAUGGUUCGAUUCAAGCAAUCAGUCAACAUGUCCCUUAUGCAGAGCUUCGUUCCGUUAG